AUGCCGAAAGCAGAACGCGGCUCAACCAAAGAUGUCGCCAAUCGCAUGAGAUCAAAAGGCCUUCAACGCCUACGCUUCUACUGUCAAGUCUGUGAAAAGCAAAUGCGUGAUGGAAAUGGCUUCAAGCAACACACCAAUAGUGAACCUCACGUUCGCGCCAUGAUUGCUGUUGGUCAGAAUCCAGCGCGCAAGAUCCAUGACUAUUCACGACAAUUCAAGAGUGAUUUCUUGCAGUUGUUGCGUACGUCGCAUGGUGAGAAGCGGGUGAAUGCCAAUCAUUUCUAUCAGGAAUACAUCAGCAAGAAGGAUCAUAUCCAUAUGAACAGUACACACUGGAAGACACUCACGGAAUUCAUCAAAUCACUCGGUCGCGAAGGGAUUUGUCGUGUGGAUAUCACAGACAAGGGUGUGUUUGUUGCGUGGAUCGAUAACUCACCUGAAGCGCUUGCUCGACAAGAAGCAAUACGCAGGAAAGAUAGACUGGAUAAGGGCGAUGAGGAACGGACAAAUGCGCUGUUGUCUGAGCAAGUCAAGCGCGCUCAGGAAGAGGCGGCGCGUCUCAAGACAGACACGAGUGAUGGUCUAGAAACAGACAUGUCGAGUUCACUA